AUGAUGUACCAGAUGGAUAUGCGCGCGUGCAGAGACAGGCUGGGUGCAGCACGUUCGAAACACGGCAUUCACACGGCGAGCCCCCGGCGACGAAUCCGCCCCGGCGACUGCGACUCACCAUGGAUACGAGCGUCAUGUCAGCCGCCACUCUGGCAGACCGACGUCGCGGAAGCAGCAAAAUCGCGUGGACGGCAAGUCUGGCUUCGCCGCCAUCAGCACCAACCCGCCAGCCCGCCCGCCUCGCCCACUUAG